UGGAUUUCAUCACAGGACUCCCCAAUUCAGUCUGUCUUCAGGUUUUCACCCUCAGACCAAUGGACAGACGGAACGGGCCAACCAGGAGCUGGAAGAGGCUCUCAGGUGCAUGGUGUCCAAGGAUGCUGCCUCCUGGAGCAAGACCCUUCCUUGGAUAGAGUACGCUCACAACUCCUUACCCACCUCUGCUACGGGUCUUUCCCCCUUCCAGUGUUCUCUGGGUUACCAGCCACCACUCUUCCCCAUCCAAGAAGAAGUCACCGUGCCCUUUGCCCAAAUGUUUGUGUACCACUGCAGGAGAACGUGGGCAUUGACCAGGAAAAAGCUCCUACGUUCUGUCAAGAUGUUUAAAGAGCAAGCCGACAAACACCGCUCAGCAGCUCCCAUCGAUCGGGUGAGGCAGCGGGUAAUGCUCUCCACUCACCACUUGCCCCUUAAGAUGGUCUCCCGCAAAUUGGCUCCCAGGUUCAUAGGACCUUUCCCCGUCUCCAAGAUGAGAUUAUGCAACAGGAGAUAAGGCCUCUUCUGGCAGUGGACAUCAUCGAACAGCUUCACAGGCAGUUUGCAAUGCUGUCAGGGGGACGAGGGAAGGAUGGUGCCCCAAUCAUUACUUUUCCAGAAUUUUCUGGCUUUAAUGAUCUUCCUGAUGAGGAUUUCAUUAAUGUAGUGACAUAUCUGACCAGCAUACCCAGUCUGGAUGCGGCUAGCAUUGGCUUCAUCAUUAUCAUAGACCGCCGGCGGGACAAAUGGACUUCGGUGAAGGCCUCGCUGGCUCGAAUAGCGGGGGCAUUUCCAGGCAAUCUGCAGCUAGUCCUCGUCCUAAGACCGUCACGGUUUUUACAAAGGACCAUCGCUGACAUUGGCAUCCGGUUACAUCGUGAUGACUUUAAAAUGAAGGUACCGAUCAUCAUGCUGAAUUCCUUGUCAGAUCUGCACAGCUAUGUGGAUAAAGGCCAGCUGACAUGUGAAUUAGGUGGAAGCCUGCAGUACUGUCACAGUCAGUGGAUCCACCACCGCACAGCCAUCGAAAACUUUGCUGUGACGGUAAAGACCACAGCUCAAAUGCUUCAGAGUUUUGGAACAGACUUGGCAGAAACCGAACUUCCCAAUGAUGUGCAAUGCACCAAAGAUCUCCUGACAGCUCACACAGACAAACAUGACAAGCUUCAGGAUGAACUGAAGUUGGCUUUGAAACAAGGGACCACAUUGCUUUCGUGUAUCAAAGGUCAGGCCAGUAAAACUGAGAACCACAAACUAAAUCCAGAUGAAAUGGAAAAUUUAACCACAGUUGAAAGGUUGUUAGCUCAGCUGGAUGAGACCGAAAAUGCUUUUGAACAGUUCUGGUCCAAACAUCACUUGAAGUUAGAGCAGUGUUUGCAGUUAAGACAUUUUGAGCAGGACUUUAGAGAAGUGAAACUGUCUCUGGACAGCCUGAUGGAGAAUUUGCUGGCACUUUCGGACACAGGAGAUGGGGCUGGUUGCAUUGAGCAGCUGCUAAAAGACCUGAGGAACCUGCAGGACAGAGCUCAGGAAUCUUUGGAGAAGGCACAGCUGCAUGCACUGCACGGCGAGCAGUUAAUCCAGAGCAACCACUACGCGGUGGACUCCAUCCGGCCCAAAUGCGUGGAGCUGCGGCGCAUUUGUGAUGACUUCAGCAACGAAGCCAAAAAAAAAAAUGACAUACUGUCCAAAUCGCUUGAGAUCCAUACAUGGCUAGAGAAGGUGAGACACUGGUGCGACAGUGGCGUGUACAUGCUGGCCUCACAGGCUGUAGAUAAGUGCCAGUCUCAGGAGGGGGCAGAAGCAGCUUUGCAGGACAUUGAGAGGUAUAUGGAGAUGGCUAAGGAGCAGCAACUCGGUCAUCUCAAAGAUCUCUACAACCAACAUGAAAUCGCUCUCUCUGAUCUCAUGAAGAUCAAUGUGCAGAAUGCACUGAAAAGGCUGGAAGAAGUGCAUGAGAUGUUUGAGAAGAGACACAUCAGUCUAAAGAAGCUGUCUGCCAAGCAAACCAGGCCCGUGCAGCCUGUGGCUCCACGUCCUGAAUCUUCUCCCAAGCGCCCUUCUCCUAAAAACACACGACCAACAGGCUCUGCACCAAACCGCAGAGGUCCAGAGAAUAGUUCCACCAAACAUAACGCUGAUACUGAGUUAGCAAGAAAGAAAAACAUUCGCAAGACUAAAGGAGGCAUCAAGAUUGAAGUUAUGCAUGAGGAGAGUCAAGGAGGUUCGAGUCACCUUCUUGUGAGCAGUGAGACGGAGGAGAGCCUAUCCAACAGACGGCGACACAUUAUGAAUGAGCUGAUUGAGACGGAGAGACUCUAUGUGGAGGAGCUCCAAAGUAUAAUUGAGGGUUAUGCUGCAGCACUGGAUAAUUCAGAAAUGACUCAUCUAAUACCGCCUGUGUUGGAAAACAAGAAGGAUGUACUCUUUGGGAAUCUUGCAGACAUCUACACCUUUCAUAAUAGGACAUUUUUCAAAGAGCUGGAAAAUUGCAUGGAGAAGCCAGAGUUAGUGGGAACAUGCUUCUUGAAAAGAAAAGAAGAGUUGCAGAUCUAUGAGAAAUACUGUCAAAAUAAACCUCGGUCUGAGGCUCUUUGGAGGCAGUGUGGGGACAGCCUGUUCUUUCAGGAAUGCCAAAAACGGUUGGACCACAAGCUGUCUUUAGAUGCAUACCUGCUAAAGCCUGUGCAGAGAAUCACCAAGUACCAGUUACUUUUGAAGGAGAUGCUGAAAUGCAGCAAGAACUCAGAGGGCACGGCAGAACUGGAAGAAGCUCUGGCCACCAUGUUGGACAUCAUAAAAUCUGUUAAUGAUUCAAUGCAUCAGAUUGCCAUCACUGGCUUUGAGGGUAAUUUGAAUGACCUUGGUAAGCUGCUCAUGCAAGGCUCUUUCAACGUGUGGACAGACCAUAAGAAAGGUCACAAUAAAGUAAAGGACUUAGCACGCUUCAAGCCCAUGCAGAGGCAUCUUUUCUUGUACAAUAAGAUGAUUUUGUUCUGCAAGAAGCGCGAGGAGAACUCAGAUGGCCAUGAGAAAUCCCCAUCCUACAGUUUCAAGCAUUCUCUGAAGAUGAGUGCUGUUGGAAUCACAGAGAAUGUGAAAGGAGAUGCCAAGAAAUUUGAAAUCUGGUACAAUGGGAGAGAGGAAGUCUACAUCAUUCAGGCCUCCUCCAUGGACGUGAAGAACAUGUGGGUGUCCGAGAUCAGGAAAGUACUGACAGGUCAAUUGGAGGCGUGUAAAGAAGCAAGUCAGCUCCAUCAAAGAAUCACUGAAAACAUUUACCAUGCUCCCAUGAGGAACGUUCGCAAAGUGGCCCUGAGGCAAUCGGACUCCUCCAGCCCAGAGACAGGCUACAAGCGCAGUGACAGUGGCCCCAACAUGAGGCAGAAACGAGGAUGGACCCAGCGCCGUUUACCCUCAAUGGACACCGAAGACUUUGAGACCAUCCCAUCCAGUGCUGAAGAGCUCUCAAAUUCCUCAGAUGGAGAGGAAGACAGCGGUAACAAAAAUGGGGAGCACAGUCACUUUCAGGUGCAGCUGACGUACGAGUCACGAGCGCCACAGGAGAUGUCGCUGGAGCCUGGAGAUUUAGUACAGUUCCUAGAAGAGGUUGAGAAUGGCCACUGGCUAGUCAAGAACCUAAUUACUCUGGAGACAGGGCUGGUUCCACCCAGUAUCCUGCAAUCUACAGCAGGAGGAGUGGACAUUUACAGUAACACUGACAUCUUCAGUGACCUGUGUACGGCGGCCCUCACAGACACAGAGGAAACAGAGGAGAGCGCAAGGCUGCUACCAGUCCAGGAGAACAGAUUUGCAUGUUGAACAUGUUCAUCAUUGUUUUGUUUUGUUUUUUGUCCCAUUCUGCCUCGUUAUAGUGCCAUGCAUCGAUGAACCACGCAGGAUACCUCCCUGCUAAACCUUUACAUUACUGUAAAGUGAAGACAAUCUGUUGCUGCUAUUCCCACUUGUGCCAUGUUGACAAGAGAGUGCACAAAGCUCUGGAGCUUGGAUUAUUUUGGCCUUUAGUCUCUGAACUUUGCUGAUGCAACGCAACGGAUGAGACCAGCCAGCUGUUACGGCCAGCUAUGAUUUAGCUGUGCCUUAGCAGCUAAUCAAUGCUUUGACAUUUUCUAAGAGGAAAACUGGAAUCCAGUUUGUUUCAAAGCAGUGUUUCAGCGUUGGGUCACAUGUCGCUUGUUUUUAGAAACAGGCCUGAUCAUGUCAUGACGCUGAGUGAAAGCAAGUUAGCAAGAAAAAGACUCUAAAUUGUCCUGUCCUGCUGAAAUUACCACUCCGAUUUUUCUUAUAGCCUGAAUCAUGCUUGUUUAUCAAAGACAGCCAAGUGGAACGGAAGUCAUCUCAGCAAAAUGACCUUUUUCCCGAUUCUGUUGGUCAAAACUGCAGCAAUUUAGGGUAAAAAUAACAAUCUGGUAUGUGUAUUCUACAAGAUUUCUGUACUCUUUUGUAUUUGCCAUGUUUUAUUUGUCCUGUUCUGUUUGCUCUUUGAACAUUAAUUUCCGCUUCCACAAAUGCCUCUCUUGAGGAUGUUUGGCCUCUAAGCAAUUUUAUCAGCCAUCUGAUAUUUUAUUGUAGCACAAAUGUUCCAACUGUACUGUAAGAACAAAUAGUAUUGCUAUAUAUGAACUUUAUACCUUUUUUUAUUCAGACAAAUUCAGUUUCUUGACAAGAAAUCAAAUCAAAGACAAAUCACUCUCUGCAGUGUAUCAAAUGUGGCCUUCGUAUUUUGCUUAAAACAGCAGAACAUUUUGAAGAAUGCAAUGACAGCAUGUUACUGAAAGUGUAUUGGUCUCACAGUAAGAAAUAUUUCACAUUAUAAGAAAGCUUGUCCCAUCAUGACAUCCCUGUUGAAUGUAAAAAAAAUAUCAAAUGAACCAUAUCUUAUUGAUUUUUAAAGUGGACGUUUUCUGAGACUGAACACAUCUGUAUACACUCACCGGCCACUUUAAUAGGAACUUGUUCUUGAUUCUAAGAUUCCUGUUCUUGGCUGCAGGAGUGGAACCCAAUAUGGUCUUCUGCUGUUGCAUGCUGAGAUGCUUUUCUGCUCACCACAGUUGUAAGGAGUGAUUUAUAUGAGUUGCUAUAUCCUUCCUGGCAGCUCAAGCCAAUCUGGCCAUUUUCCUCUGACCUCUCUUAUCAACAAGACGUUUCUACCCAUAGAAUUGUCGCUCACUCAGUGGAUUUUUUUUUUUUUCGCACCAUUCUGUGUCAACUCUAGAGACUGCUGUGUGUGUGAAAACCCCAGGAGAUCAGGAGUUUCUGAAAUAUUCAAACCAGUCCAUCUGGCUCAAUCCAACACCCAUACCACAGUGAAAGUCACACUUUUUGAGAUCACAAUUUUUCCCAUUCUGAUGUUUGCUCUUGUUUUGUAUCUGCAUGAUUUUAUGCAUUGUGCUGCUGUCAAGGGAUCGGCUGAUUAGAGAACUGCAUAAAAUAGCAGGUGGAUGGGUGUUCGUAAUAAAGUGGCCAGUGAGUGUAUAUCCUGAUUUGAUUGAAUCGUUUGUUGAUGAUUUUAAGCACAAAAAUGAAUUGUGGAAUGCAGAGUUUAUUGCUGAUGAUUAUAAUACACUGUUAUUUAUUAAGAGAAACUGAUGUUUUUAACUGGUUCAUAUGGUCAGUGUAUUACCAUCUACAUUUUCAAAUGUGAUUAAAUACAUACAAAGUAA